AAUCGCAAUGCCACAGGAUAGCGACAUAUGAUAAACACCUUUUGUUUGUAGUCAAGUCUUCCACAAGAACCAAAAUUGCAUCAAAACAAUGGCAGGCAGCAACAGAUAUACGGACGAGCUCCGGGCAAAAGCGGGCAAUCAAUGGGAACGCGUUAUCCACCACAAAUUCACUAAGGAACUCGCCAACGGAACGAUUGAUAAAGGCCGCGUCCUCAAGCGUUAUUUGGUACAGGACCACCGCUUUCUGGACUCAUUUGUCAUCCUUCUAGCAUCUAUCGUAGCUCAUCUUCCAACCCUGAAAGAUCGGAUCCCGGGAUGCCAAUUCCUAGCGGUUAUCACCGGGCCUGAAAACACAUACUUUGAGAGGUCCUUCGAAAAGCUGGGAGUUUCUGGGAAAGAACGCAACUCUAUCCCUGAUGCUGAAGUGACCAAGAGUUUCUGCCAACUCAUGCGGAGCGCCGCAGCCAGCCAAAAUCUCGAAGAAAUGCUGGCCGUUAUCGUCGUCUGCGAGUGGUCGUAUCUCUCAUGGGGUCAGGCCGUCCUGGAGGAACACAAGGACGACGGAAUCUGCCGUAAGGAUUUYGUCACGUGURAAUGGGUCGAUCUACACACGGGACCGGCAUUUGAGGGCGUAAUACAGUACUUGAGGGAACUUCUGGACCAAGAGGGGGAGAAGCUCAAGUCCCAGGGCGCGACGGAAAAGCUUGCGGCAUGCGAACAGCGUUUCCUGGAAGCGGUCCAGCUCGAAGAAGACUUUUUUGACUACGCCUACAGGGAAGAUUGAGUUUAAGCAAACCGGCUCGGCUUGGCAAACAYAGUAGUUGUAGCUCGACCAAAAGUUUCGAAGUUGCCKUAUGGAAGAAACGAGAUGAACGUUUGUUUUUCGUUUUGCAUCGUAGGCAGGGAAAUUAAUGCACACAAUAGAA